AUCAAGUCUGACCCGCAAACUUCAAGCAGCAUCUAGCUCCUCUUCACUCGCAGUGUGUGCGUUUUUUUUUUUAGGAUGGUCGCCCUAAGAGGACUUUACCACAGGUUCUCGCGUCUGGUAAAAGUUGCUGCACAAAACCAAGUCCGAAAGUAUGACAAAUUGUGCACCGUGGGCACUGAUGGCUUGACGGACAAUACGAGUCAGGCAGUGUCAGACGGAGAGUUGAACAUGUCUGCACGGGGCUGUGGAGGCAGCAGCUCCAGCCUUCCAGGGACACCAUGCGGAGAGGCCGGCCCAGCCAACAGCGUGAUGAGCUGGGCCGUCUCAUUUGAGAAGCUGUUGGAGGACCCCAGCGGGGUCCGGCACUUCACGGCUUUUUUGAGGUCUGAGGUGAGUGCAGAGAACAUUUUAUUCUGGCAAGACUGUGAAAAGUUUCGGAAGAUCCCAUCCAAAUCCUUGGAUAAGCUAAAGGCAGCAGCUCGCUCCAUCUACGACACCUACCUGUCUGACAGUGCUCCCUACUCGGUCAACAUCGACGACACAGCAAAGACAGAGGAGAAGGACCUUGAGCAGCCCACCCCUGAAAUGUUUAACAAGGCUCAAUCACAGAUAUUUAAACUGAUGAAGAUGGACUCCUACAGGCGUUUUGUGCGCUCUCCUCUCUACCAGAGCUGCACCUUGGCAAGCGUGGAAGGCAAACUUCUACCUCAGCUCUCUAUCGAGCCAGUCUGCACGGGGUCCUGGGAGGACAUAGUCAACAGUAGCCCAUUGUCAGGUGACAAAAAGAAAAACAGGUCCGACUUCAGCAGUUUGUCAGGUGGAAAGAGUGCCUCAGAGAAACGGCAUCAGAAAAGAGGAUCCUGGGGAGACUCAUCCAACAUCCAUGGUUUAGUCUCCAGGACAGACUCCCAUCUGUCAGUCAAGUCGAGUAGCAAUGUGGAGCUCAGCUCCCUCUACAGGCAGAUAGAGAAUGGCAGAUCGAGUCCCAGGUCCCCAGAGCAGGGUGGUGGAGGUGGGGGUCGUAUAGGAGUGGAGGGGGGCUACUGCUGUGUGUACCUACCUGAUGGGAGUGCCUCUCUGGCCCCUACACCUACUGGCCAGCCAAUCAAAGACAUGCUGGUGAGUCUGUGUGAGAAGAGGGGCUUCCCGCUGAAAGACGUCAUCAUCUACCUUCAAGGCAAAGACAAGCAACCCUUAUCACUGGACCAGGACUGCUCUGUACUGAGGGAUCAGCAAGUGUCUCUAGAGCUCAGGGUGACGUUAGCACUGGAGGUUGCUUUCACUGGUAAGACGGUGGGGAUCAUGGUGAAGUCCAGUAAGACGCUGCAGGAAGCUCUCUGUAUGGUUCUGCAGAAACACCAGCUCAAGCCGCAAGAGGCGGUGAUCACAAUGGUCGGAAGUAAUGAGCCUGUGAACAUGAGCUGCUCUGUGUUCAGACUGGCCAACAAGACUCUGCGGCUUGACAAAACCAAAGCAGGAAAGGACAGAGCCAGUGGUUCAGCUGCAGCCACACAGUCUGGAGCGGGGAGUGCAGGAGGUCUGGAGGCCCGGUCAUCACCACGUACAGACAGAGCCAAAAGUCAACCCAGACCCAGUAAGAACAGCGACAUGGAUGGGCUUCUGGAUAUGCUGACGAAGGCUCAGUGCUCCAGGGUUGAAGACCAGCGAGGCCUUUUGACCAAAGAGCAGCUGGAGGUCCCGAUGUUCCUGCAGGUUCCCUCAGGUCAGGCAGCAGCUACAGACCAGCCAAACACAACCACCACUGCAGACUCCAAAGAAGAAGAGAAAUCACUAACUUCAGCCAAAGUCACAUCCGAAUCCCCUGGUGAGGACUUCAAGGAAACGGCAGUUUGAAAGACUUUCACGUGUGCAAUGGACACAAACACGAUGGAAAGCUACACCAAACACCUUGUAACAUCAUGGGACCAGUCAUGUUAGGAGACAGAAACUAAUCUUUUUGUAAAAUAUGGUCUAGCACUUUUUUCUAAUGGUUUCUAAAUAAGCUCAGAGACUGCAGUGUGAGUCUCUAACUCUGCUAUAAUUGGACCCUUGAGGCAAUAUAUAAAGAAGAAUUGUGGCAAAUAUUUUAGUGUCAUUUGAAAACACUACAAAUCUGACUGAAAUAAGUGUUUGCUAUGAAUUGUUUAAUGGAUCCAAAACAUGCUUGAAAAUAAGUUUUAUCUCAACAUUUAAUGCUGUGGAUUUUCAGUUCCUUUUAUUUCUCACAAUCUCAGUUUGCAGACAUGCUUUUCUUCGAACUCUUGUUGCUUCACAGGACUGUCCAGAAGUGUGUUUUGAAGUGUAUUGCACGUUGUUUUGUUUUCUUUAUUCAAAUUAACAUUAUUGAUUUUUAGCUUUUAGCUUUUAGCUUAGAUGUGUUUUAAGAAUGUUGCAUUACUAAUUGUCAUGGUGUGUGCUUAGUUGCUUUGUUCAAAAGAAUGUUUGUGCUACUGAAAAAUGAACUUGUUUGCUGUGAAUGCACUUUGAGAAGUCCUGCUUUCCUGUCACGCCAGACUACAUUUCAGGGUCCAUAUCAUGAAUAAGUUAUCUUAUAAAACAGAGACUGAAUCAGAUAAUGUGAGCAUCAGAAAUAUCCCACAGGGUGUUUUUGGAGAAUUAAAGCCUUUUAUGAUUGAAUGA